AAAAUAUUUUUGAAAAAGUGAAUUAUAAUUUCGUUUGAUAAGAAACUUUUUGAAGAAAAUUGGAAAUAAAAUGAAAAUCGCUUACAUAUUUUGGACCUUAGCCAUCUUAUUCACGAAGUCUAACGGCCAAUGCCAAAGAAACUUAAAUAAUUGCUCUCAAUGGCAAGACGAUGGUAAUAUUAAAUUAAGUUGUGGACCAAUGUUUGGUCCACGUAUCGACUUAACAAUGGAUCCACAAGAAAAAAAUAUUCGAAUCCAAUGUUAUUUAAAUGAAAAAACUGAGAUGAAUAAUUAUUUUCAUAUACUACCAAAAUUCAAUUUAAAUAAAGUUGAUUGGGUAGGAAUUUAUGGAUGUAACACUGAAAAUACUACGAUUACAGCCAUUUUAAAUCAUCUUUGCAUAAAUAAUACACUGGAUUUAACAAUUGAUGGUAGAUAUAACAGGAACGCCGUCACUUCAAAUUGUGUCGAUAAUGAAACGUUAAGAAAUCUAAAAUCUUUAAAAUUUACACGAGUGUCAAUAAAAACAAAUUUAUUUGAAAACAUGGCAAAUUUAAAGAGCUUGGACCUAAAUGCGGAUGAAUUUCACAUCGACGGCGAUUCUUUAAAAAAUUUAGAAAACUUGCAAAUUUUGAUUUUGGAAAAUUUCCAUAAACUUUUCAUAAAUGGGCUUCCUACAACUACCUUACCUAAUAACAUAUUUGAUACAUUAAAAAACUUACAACAUUUAAAUUUGAGAAAAGUUCCUAUGCAACAAAUUUUGGAUAACGCAGGCUUAGAUAAUCUUGAAAAACUUCAACGAUUAUAUAUGGAGGAAUGUAAAAUAAAAGCCAUAGCUAGAAAUAUAUUUACUAAAAACAAUAAUUUAACAGAUUUAUCGAUGAAAUUUAAUAGUUUAAGAAAUUUACCAGAAAAUAUAUUUGCAAACACAAUAAAAUUAACUGAAUUAUCUUUGAGUUGGAAUGAAUUGGAAAAAUUAUCACCGAAUUUGUUUAAAAAUCAAAGAGAAUUAAUCAAUUUGGAUCUAAGCCAUAAUAAACUUGAAGAAUUGCCAUCAGAUUUAUUUGCCAAUUUAAGAAAAUUACGGAUAUUAAAAUUAAAUAACAAUAAAAUAUCGAUUAUCCACUUUAUUAAUUUAAAUCAUAAUUUCUUAUCAAUAUCAUCCGAUAUUUCACCAUUUGGAUUAUUAACAAACCUUGAAGAAUUACAUUUAUCACAUAAUAAUAUCACCGAUAUUUGUAUGGAUUGGUACGCAACACUCUUACGACUUAAAACUUUGGAUUUAAGUUAUAACAAAAUUGGUCUUCUUAGGCCUCUUACUAUUCAAUUUCCAAAAAAUGCAAAUGUGGAUUUACGUCAUAAUAACAUAAGUACAAUUCAAUUCUUUAGCAGUGAUUUUACCGGAGAGAAUGCAGGGAUCGCACCAAAAAAUACUGGAAAAAUAUUUUUAUCAAGAAAUCCAAUUAAGUGCGAUUGUAAAUUUUAUUCAUUUUACAAAGCAAUAACUCAAGGAAUUGAAUCAAAUUUAAUGCCACAAAUAGAAUACGAAGCUUUAUAUUGUAACGAACCAAGUAAUUUGAAAGGCAUCGAAAUCUCGAAAUUGAAUCCGAAAGACUUUAUAUGUCCAAUGGGAGAUUUAUCUGCAGAUAACUGUGCAUUUGAAUAUCGAACAUACGACAACAGUAUCAUCAUGAAUUGUUCAAAUAAAAAUUUAAACGAAUUACCAAAAGUACUGCCAAAUGAUUCCAUUCCAACAGGUUUUUCUAUUAUAUUGUACAUUGACAACAAUAAUCUAACAUCAUUGGAUAUUAAUUUUGAUAAAAAUUCUAUUUUAACUAAUGUGAAAGAAAUUUAUGCGUUUAAUAAUAAAAUAUCAAAAAUUAACUUUACAAAUUCAAGUAUAAAAUCUUUAAAGCAAUUAACAUUACAUCAAAAUCCAUGGGAUUGCCAUUGUGGAAAUAAAAUUGUACCAUUUAUCCAGAAGUCUUAUGUAAUUUUACAUAAUUUAACACAAAUUGAAUGUGUUCAACAUUUCGAAAAAUCAAUUCUCGAACUUAUAGCCUCAGAUGUAUGCUAUCAAAAUCAAAAUAAAUUGGAUUAUAAGAUAAUUGCAUUGGGAUUAAUUGUGAUUUGUGUAGUGUUUAUUGCAAUAAUAUUUUAUUUAAAAUAUAAACUUACUACAAUUUUAUGGAAGCAUGAGAAAUAUCAAGGAAUUUUACCAUCAUAUACGAACGCAAAUAAUUCUAAAUUAUAUGAUAUUUUUGUAAUUUAUUCAACUAAAGAUAUUAAAUAUCUUACAUAUGAAUUAAUUCCCAAAUUACAAAGUGAUAGAUCGAUACGAUUAUUUCUAUUUUGUGUUGAUUCCGAAGAAAAUGUAUGUAAUUUAAAAUCGAUUCAAAACUUUAUCGAUACAUCACAUAAUACAAUAUGUAUUUUAUCCGAUUAUUUCAUUGAAAAAAUUUGGGAUCACUGUCAUCAAACGUCAAAUAUGAUUUUCAUUAACACUGGUGAAAAAUCUAUUAAUAAUAAUUAUUUAAAACAAUUUGUUAAUUUAAAGACAUAA